CCUUCACUGCACUAAACCUGUAGAGACUUUGGUCAUCUUGUUCUGUAACAUAACAACAUGGCGAUAUCUUCAUAUCAAUUUACCUUGUCCGAGAAUGAGAUCUUGAGACAAAUUUGUCCAACCCACUUCCACAUUAAUGAAAAGUUGGAUGUUGAAUCUCUUUUCAUUAUGGCCGAGAAAAUCCUCAACCGUUCCACUCUGGUGGUUGAUAAUUUUUUGCAGCAAAAGCAGGGUACCCAAGCAACCAUUGAACACUUGGAGGAGAAGACCCCCAAAGCAAGUUUUAGUCCACCAUUGUGUUUACUCAAGAAAAUUUCCUUUGAGAUGCAAUGCAAGGAACCAGGUUAUCCAAUUGCUCAUGCAACAACACUGUCAAUACUUAAUAAUUUGUUAUCACGCUAUUCCUGGGAUGCAAAGGCAGUGCUGACCCUGGCGGCUUUUGCUUUGGACUAUGGAGAAUUCUGUCUGCUUGUGAAAAUUCAGUCAUCGGAGGAACUCGCCAAAUCAGUAGGAACACUCAAGCGAGUACCUGUUCUCUUAAAAGGUGUAACAAUGCAGAAGAACCAGCAAGCCUUUAUUGAUCUUAACAAAGUGGUUAAAACUACAAUGAAAGUGAUUAAAUGCAUCUUUGAGUUGGAGAAACUGUCCAAUUUUGAUUUUGACACAAAGGAUGGAUCCGAAUUGGCAACAGUGCUGGGCCGUAUCAAAUUGGAUGUUUAUUGGGCUAUUACAACCAUUGUAGCAAGCACAACUCAGCGAUCAUCCUGCCUUAUUUUCGAUGAGGACAAGAAACAGGAACUAAACCCCUUUGCGGAUAAACUGAACGUCAUCCUCACCGAACUCGAGAAGCAGAUAGUAUUUUGCAAAGAACAAAUAGCGGAGACACAGGAUUACGGGAAGCUCGUAAAACUUUUUCAAACCUCUAUGGAGAUCACGGAGGUACUUCAUGAACUGAUCGAUCCAACAAACAGGAUGCAGCCACUGAUUGAUGGUUCUACUAAAACACAGGUUGAAAUUGAUGUCCUGAAGGGGAAGAGUGUCUUCUUGUUCAUUUCAGACCUAGAAAUCUCCAAUGAUGACAUUUCAAUGCUUCAGAAAAUUUUUGAUAAAGCAGGGAAGGAGAAGGAGGAGCAAUAUAAGAUUGUAUGGAUCCCAUUUGUGGAGCAAUUGAGGGAGGGCUUGGAUAAGGAAUUUGAGACAAAGCGGUCUUCAAUGCCCUGGUACGUAGCGCGUUACUAUUUACCAAAAGCAAGCUGUAGGUUCAUCAAGAAGCAGUGGAACUUCAAGGUUAAGCCCUUACUUGUGGUGUUGAACCCUCAAGGAAAAAUGGAAUGCGAGAAUGCCUUCCUAAUCUUCAGUAUCUACGGAGUUGAGGCCUUCCCUUUCACCAGCGCAAAAGUGAAAACUAUGGAGACGGAUUUCAGUUGGCUUUGGUCACCGAUAAUUAAUGCUAAUUCUGAGAUUGAAAACUGGAUCAAAGAGAAGAAAUACAUCUUUUUGUAUGGAGGCCAGGACAACGAGUGGAUCCAAAAAUUUCCUGAAAGGGUAAAGGUUCUUGCUGAUCAAGACUUGAUAAAGCAAAAAGGGAUAUCUAUACAGUGGGUGUCCGUCUCUGAGAGCGAAGGAAAUAAGGUCGACCUAGAGCGCUUCUGGACCAACAUUGAGAGCCUGUUCAUUUCCAAGGCUCAAGGGAAAACCCAGAUAGACGUGGUGGCUCGAGAAAUCCAGAAAUUGCUUUCCUACAAGAAUGAGAAAGAAUGGGCUGUGCUCACCAAAGGGUCUAGCGUGGUAUUGGUGAGUAGUGGCAAAGUUAUUUUGAAGGUGGUGGAAGAGUUUGAACAAUGGAAGAUUAAGUUAAACGAGAAGGACUUCGAAUUGGCUUUCAAAGAUUACCAUGACGAGGUUUUUAAGGAUGAAAAAUACAUCUGCCACCACAUUAAAAUUCCAUACAACACUGGGAAAAUACCAGAGACCUUGGAAUGCUCCCAUUGUCAUCGCAUCAUGGACACGUAUAUCAGUUACAAGUGUUGCCACAACGAUGGUGUUGCAGAGGCUGUACAUUAAGUUGCUACCUUACUUCAACUUAGUAUUGCUACUAAAUUA